AUGGCUCAACUCGAACGCCCCCAGAGACAGCUUGAAACUACUGCAAAAGCUCCCCCUGCCAUCCACACCAUGGAACAACUCCUCCGAGAAAUGGCUCAACUCGAACGCCCCCAGAGACAGCUUGAAACUACUGCAAAAGCUCCCCCUGCCAUCCACACUAUGGAACAACUCCUCCAAGGUGAGUCCUCAAAGUCUAGUAAGAAUUCACCAACCUGCUCCUCUUCCCCUUCCUCCAACUUGUCUUCCCCCAGCUCCCCUUUCUUCCAAAGGUUGAGAUCUUCUCAUGACUCAGAAGACGAUCAUUCCCAGAAUCCCAAAAAAUCAAUUCUCACCAAAGUCAAGGAGAAGGCCAAGAAACUUCGCCACAGCCUCAGCAAGAAAAAACAUGAAGAUGGGAACCUCAGUAGUCCAUCAUCUGCUACUGCCGCAGAAGGUGAUGGAGCAGAAGAAGAUGCUGAAUUUCUCGGAGCUCCUAUGUACGAAUCAGAGAAGACAUCUACUGGGUACAAACCAAAUGCAAAGCAGAUUCCUAGUCCAAGAGCAAAUCCUAUGAUCCCUGAGAAGCAUGUUGUAUCAAGCAGUGACAAACACGUAGUCGAACAAGAUCAUGAAAGGUCACUGUACCGAUCCUUAUCCAAGAGAACAACACACCCCGCAACAAUAAUAACAGCCACCACCCCAAAUGCUACCACUGCUUCUGUUACUAAUGUUAACGUUAAUACUCAUCCUAGUACUCCUUCUCCUCUAAACAAGACAACCACUGAAACGACAACACCUAAACUGUCAACAGUUCGGACUGAAAAACCAGAUGUUGCACAUGCAACCUCCAAAGUUCAAGGUCUCACUGUGUCCAAACCCUCAGAGCUUCAUGAUCAUCCUUCACCAUCAUCACCAUCAUCAUCAUCACCAGCAGCAUUUGCACCAAAAACAAGUCGCAGCAAUUUGUCCUAUUCUGCUCCUCGUACUCCCCUUGCAAGAGUAGCAACUUCUCAGUUUCCUACAACCACUCCGCGAACUACAUCAGCUCCAAUAACUUUAGCACCAUCAGCUGCUACUUCACUGAGUGGGAAGAACACAAGCCCCACCGCGCAAAUAUGGGAUAAGGGUGUGUCCAUGAAAGAGUACUUCUUGAACAAACUGGAGCCGGGGGAAGAUGAGAAGGCGUUGUCUCAGGUGAUAUCUGAAGCAAUGAGUCCUCGCAAAACUCCUGGUGAUGCAGGCGUGAUGGAGAAGGUGAGAGAAGUUGUCACUUCUUUGCUCCGAACUGAGGAACCUGCAAAAUACGCAGACGCAACUAAUGUUGCUACUCCAAGUACUACUCGCUUGUCACCUCAGAGCAGUACUCGCUUGUCACCUCAGAGCCCACUAUCUAUCAACGCUUCCCGCGCUCCAUCUCAAAUUCCAUCAUACUCCAAUGCUUCUCGUGCUUCGUCUCAAAUGCCAGCAUCUACUAGUGUUUCUCGCACUUCAUCACAAGUCCCUAUAUCUUACAACGCUCAGCAAGACUAUACAGAGGCCCAAGAAGAAAACCAUGGCCGAAUUCUUCAGGCAAAUUGAAAACCGCCAAAACGUAUUUCCUACCCAAUUUUGUGUUCAGCAUUUUUACCUAUGUAUAUGCAUGUACCCGACAAUCGUGCGUAA